AUGGAUAAGUUGACAUUUGAAGCCCAUUUAACCAAAAAGAAUGCGAAAUGUUUAAUAAUUUUAUUUUCUAUCACAGGUUUAGACUUCUUAGAACAUGGAGCGGAUUUCGAAGCCGCGAUAUCCGCAACUGGUUUUGGCCGUUUCCAUUUCUGUCUGUUAGCGGUAACAGGUCUAAUUUAUGCUAAUACAGCGAUAGGCAUUACCAUUAUUUCCUUCGUACUCCCUGCUGCGACAUGCGAUUUCAAGAUGACAUCCUCCGACAAGGGCUGGCUUACAGCUGCCCCUAUGUUAGGUAUGGUUAUCGGAUCUUAUUUCUGGGGUUGCUUGGCUGAUACCAAAGGCCGCAAGGUUGUCUUGGUAUCCACCUUGCUAAUCGACGGUUUUGUUGGAAUAUUUUCAUCGUUCGUCCAAAUUUUACCAAUCUUCAUGGCAUGCAGAUUUAUCAACGGAUUUUCUGUUGCUGGAGCUAUGGGAAUUUGUUUCCCAUACUUAGGAGAAUUCCAACAAACCAAGUACAGAGAAAAGAUCCUUUGUUGGAUGGAAAUGUUCUGGACUCUGGGAGUUAUCAUAUUGCCUCUGAUCGCGUGGGGCAUCAUUCCGAUCCAGGGAAUACGUAUCGAAAGCGGAGGUUUCUCAUACGAUUCCUGGAAUUGGUUCGUUGCUGCUUGCGGAAUACCAUCUCUGCUUCUGGGCUUCUGGCUCUUUACAUUCCCCGAGAGCCCCAAGUUCAUGAUGGAGUGCGGUGACUACGAUGACGCUCUCGCCUGCCUCAAGAGCAUUUACAAACAAAACACCGGCGAUGAUCCCGACAAUUAUCCCAUCAAGAGCUUGAAAGAAAAGGUGCGUACUGUUUCGGUAGCAUCCCAGAGCUCUCAAAAAUCCGUCCGUAGUUUGAGCAUGCGCAAGCCUAAAGAUCUGAGACGACUAUUUUCCGAAAUCUGGACUCAAACUAAAGCACUCUGCAAAGCACCAUACUUGAAGUACACGAUACUCACCUGCCUCAUUCAGUUUGGAUUAACUACUAGCUACUAUACUCUCAUGAUCUGGUUCCCUGAAUUGUUCAACCGCUACGAAGAAUUCGAACAUCGAUUCCCCGGUACAUCUGCUUCAGUUUGUGACGUCUCCGGCAUUGUGGUAAAGGACGAAAACAGCAAAGAUCCAUACGACUGCGAGAAAAUCAUCGAUCAGAGUGUAUACACUCAUACUUUAAUUGUCGGUUUGGCUUGCAUACCAACAUCAUUAUGGUUGCCGCUUUGCGUGCACAAACUUGGUGCUAAGUUCUUCCUCAUUUUCUCGCUGGGUUUCGCUGGUGUAGUUACGGUGGGACUUUACUUCGUACAGAACUCUACCCAGAACUUAGUACUAUCUUGUAUAUUCGAAGCCCUCACCUCGUUGGCCAUCAGUUUGGUCUUCUGUGUGCUUGUAGACCUUUUCCCUACAAACCUUAGGGUAAUGGCAGCUGCACUCUCACUGACCGCUGGUCGAGGUGGUGGCCUCCUCGGAAACUUAUCCUUUGGAUACCUCAUUGAUAUAAACUGCGUGGUGCCCAUCGUGCUAUUCUCAGCAUUCCUGUUCAUUGCUGCAAUACUUUGCUUCUUCUUGCCAAAGACGGGACAAGAAGCACUCGACUAG